GCUUGCCUGCUCCAACAUCCCCUCCAUCAAUACUCCAUUACGAUGAACAACACAUCCCCCCCUGCAGGUCGCAAAAUACGUCGUCGGAAGAUUUGGGCCUGCAAUGAGUGCCGUCGACGCAAGAUCCAGUGCGAUCGUGAUCGACCGGUCUGCGGCGGAUGCCGGAAGGUUGGACAACCAGCUAAUUGCCAGUAUUUUGAUACACCAGAUACCAGCCAUACAAUCGCAAGUCGUGGUCACAUCCCGGUCAGCAGCUUCAUACCAGACUCGGUGCGGCAUGAGGUAGCGGUACAGCCGUCCAUCGUUGAAAAAGGUCCGGCGAUGGAUCCCUCGCGCGAUUUUGCUGUACUCGAGCGCAGACUGAGCCUGCUCGAGUCAAGGACUGCAUCUGUGUCUGUUGCGAAUAAGGACUUCACGCUCCCUGUUGAAGAAACAGACCCCCGGGUUGUUCACAGCGAGCACGCGUUACACGGUGACUGUAAUUAUACUGUGCUUCACGGCCGUGCUUUUCGCACCAAGUUCCACGGUGGAACUUUCCCGGGUACAUUAGCGCAAUGCAUUCCAGGAUUAAGUCACUUCACAACAGACGCGUUCGCGGCAUUUCCAGUCCUUGAAGAUAUCCGACAGGCAGUGAGUCGCGCUCAGCAGCCUGUCUUCGCGGCACCAAGGGCUGGUUUACGAGCAUCUCGCGCAGAGCUAAUUGCACUGUUGGAUGACCGAGGAAGGAUUGAAUCAGAUAUCCAUCAGUAUUUGACGAACCACGAUCACGUCUAUCAUAUUCUACAUAGUCCGACCUUUGACCGCGAGUAUGCGCAGAUGUGGCUCGACAUCGAGGCCGCAGAUGUACGUCAGAUCAUCUUGAUCCUACUAAUGGUGGCCAUUGUACGCUACUCAAGCUCACCGGAGGGCGGUGGCACAGAGCCAUGGCAGCAAGCCACAGCGAUAAUUGACCUGUGUGAGGACAUCCUGCAAGGUUCGGUACAGAAGUAUGACACUGCAUUGGACUUUCAAAUAACCUUCUUGUUGUUGCUCGGAAGACAGCUGAGUGGCAAGUGGUUCAAGCGCACUUGGGUAAAUGCUGGUAAUACUCUCAGAAUCUGGAUGUGUGCUGGUCUGCACCGCAAUGUCGACGCACUACACAGCAAACCGACAGCAAUAACGAGAGAGCUGCGUGCAAGGCUCUGGGCUGCCGCUGCGGAGUUUGAGUUGCAAGCUGCGUUCGAACAUGGUAUGAGCGGCCAUACUUGGCCUGAGCAAAGCGACAUUGCGUUGCCACUGAACAUACCGGACAUUGCGUUGGAGCAAGAUGUGCCGCCCAAAGACCAUCCAGAAUACACAGCGACUACAUUCCUAGCAACGAGCAGCAAAAGUUUGCAAUUACGAUACCAGCUCAAUAGCGUAUUAAACGGAGCUUCCCGAACCUUGACACCGAGUCAAGCCAACGCAUACACAGAUGAAUUCUAUCGCCUAGUCGACACCCUCAAUCAAAACGAUGGCUUGCAGGCUAAAUCAAUCCACGCCCUACUAUCGGUUAAUCUGCUUCAAUAUCUCCUUGCUCUGCAUGUAAGGCAGCUCCAGAACUCGACAUCUGCGAUGGAACAAAGAACGUCUCGUGUUACUCUUGUGGACACUGCGUCGAAGAUGUUACGACACCAUCGGAUUGCACUCAAUGGUGGGAGCCAGCUCAUUGAAGCUAUGUAUGGCGAUCACGUGAGGAUUGCUCUGUCUGUUUGUUAUUGUUAUCUCACUACCAAUCCACGAUCGGAUUGCAUCAUCACGACUACGAUCGAGACGCGUUCAUUUGAGGUCAUGCAGGCACUGGUCUCUCUCAUGGAAAACAAGGUCAAGCACUCUCAAGGCAGCAGGCAUCAUUUCUGGCUUAUCGCUGCGUCCUUAGGACUAAUGCAAGCGAGCAAAGAUUCCACACAGAAGAUGCUUUACAUGGAGGGAGCAGUCAAGCGUUUUGCAAAGCCCUACGAAAAGUUGUUACAGGAGCAGCGAAUGAGUGCACAACUACAUGGGCAUAGUGGCCAUCUAAUUGAUCCAGAGGCCAUCGACUAUACAGCAUUUGGCACGCCGACACAGCUGGAUCUUUCUAUCGACGAAUGGUUCUAUCGAUGCCAAGUGCUGGACAAGCGGGGUCAGGCUGAAGAUCGCAUGGUCGAGCCUCAAGCAAACCUAUACCGAGACAACGACAUCGUUAUGGUCAGACCUUGUGACCGCUGCAACAAAUCGAAUGAGUACGAGGACGGUGGCAUGCAUGGAAUCUGUACUGGUGACUGCCCCGAGUCCAAACACCUGAAGGAUGAUGAACCGAAGAUGAAGAGCUGCCCAGUGUCGUGGCUCAGACCGCCACCAACUUCCUCGAGACCUCAGACGGACGGCCAGGAGGGGCUUUGUACUUAUCUCCAGAGGCCACACAGGCUAUUUUUCGGAUCAGCCUGCACGUGGCCGUGCCUUUUGGCUCCCGGGCAGGGGAGUGUCGGGUACAUCGGUCCACCCAACUCUGGCUCCAAUAUCUUCAUUGACGUCGCAAACAAUCGCACAACGUUCUCAAGCGCAAUUUCGUACGCAGUGGUCAGUACUAGUCGCAUCGGCGACCCGACCUUCGAUACUGUUUACGGGAGCCAGAUGCAGUUCCAAUUGACCGUUUCAUCAGCGAAGAACAAAAUGUACAAGCAUACUCUGCUCUGGUCGGCCUCGGUAUUCUUUAUUGUGGCGGCGCAGGCCACUGUGGCCAGUGACCUAUCACACACUAGACUAGGGUAUUCUGUCAAGGGUACAGUCAGACCUUUUGCUGGAGCUUCCGGAGGAUAUAGUGAAGGAGUACCCAUCGCUCCAUCGUUGUCUCACACCCAAUUCUUCACCACCCCUCUGCAUCACAAUAUGGUGUCUUAUAGUAAACGAGACCGCUGCCAAACGGAGAAGGGGGUCUCAUGGAGCCAAUCGCUGGCCAAUCAAUCGAAACAGAGCUGUGGGAAACGCGCUAGUAGCCCUACCAGCAGCGGUCUCAGUGAAGGAUACUCAAUGAGCACUCCUUCGGGCAUCUCCCAUCCAUCACAGUCUCAAACUCAGCCAUCCCAGCCUUUUUCUCAGCCAGUGAUCCUUCAACAGAACAAUACUUUCAUCACAAUCAAGAUCAAUGACGACUCCGAUGAUGCACUGUUUGUGAGCGGAGGUUCUGGGGAUGAUCCAAGCCGCAGCAUCUUUGAUUCUGAUGAGUUUGGUGACGUUGGAGGUGUUGACAAUGAAGGAGACCAAUGGGUAGAAGAGGAGGAGGAGGGACUUGAGGAAGAAGCGACGCGUGAGCGAGCUGAGAUGGAAGAGGAGGUCGACAGUGUUGACUUUCUAGCUCGUUGGAGGGUGUUUUGUGGCAAGGUUAGAGUCGGUUCGAUAGAAAAUACUGAAGAAGAUUCCCGGGAUCUUGAUCUCAAGUGCCUGUUUCAGUGGGUCAGAGAACAGGUGCAAGAACUGUCACCUGUACCUUACUCUGUUGCCUCCUUCACCGCCACCGUCUACUUUACUGGCCAAACAAAGGACACCCGAUGA